AUGUAGUUGGGCCACACGAUCCUGCGUUGCACGCUCCACGUUGGCUCACGGUCUCCCUCCGCGUUGGCGCCGGCCUUCAGCGACCUCCCAUGGAGCUGGGCGGCUGGGCUCCAGCGGGUGCCGCGGAUGGCGACCAUGUCCGCUGCGGCUCGCCGGCGCUGGCGGCGCGGGGCAGCCGCCUGGCGGCCCACCGUGUGGCGGCGGGCCGCGCGCUGGCGUUGCUCCAGUCGCCGUGUCCGGUCACGCGGCGGAGCCCGCGGAAGGCGAGGACGGCGCACUUGGAGUGUGAAGGUUCCGAGACCGUGGAGGGGCAGUCCAAACCGUUCGCCAAUGACGAGGGCUUGGUGAUGCACUCACAGACCUCGCGCCUUUCGGCGGUGCCUCCGGCGCCGCCGAGCGGGAGCGAUUUUCGUCGCCCGAGCCGUGCGGGGACGCGCGCGGGGGGGACCUUUUCUGCGAGGCUUGAACGACAGAAGCCAUCACCGGAUUCUGCGUCCACGGUUUCGACCCGGUCGACCUCCCCGAAUGGCAUAGAUGAUUUGGGGUCAAGCCCUCAGCUUGCGUGGGACAGUGAGGGGAGCUCACCGGAUGGCCGUGGCGGUCGAUCUGUGAGUCCUCCGGAACACCGGCCGUUGGAACGGCGGGAGCGCCAUGUGAGAGGAAGUGGUUUUAUGAGGCGAAGGGAGAGGAAGCAGAAGGAGAAGCUCUUGAUCCUACCAUUCUCGGCGAAGAGGGAUGAUCCUCGCUUUCAACACUUGUCUGAGACAUUGAGAGUGGAGCCGGAGUGGGUCACGGGGAUCCUAGCGAGCUCCAGUAGCAUAAUGAGGCACUUUUAGGAUCCGAGUGAAAUCAAACCACGCAGACUUGAAAGAUCCUUGUGGAAAACCUGGUUAAACUUCUUGGAGUUGCUGAAUUGCACGAUUCUGGUUUGACAGCUCCUUCUUUCAUCAGAAUGCCUUGUUCCUGGGCUUGCAAAAACGUGAGAUGGACAAAUGUAGCACGACUUGUGUUUCUUCCUUUUUGGGUGCAUUUGGAGCCUAACGGAGUGCCUGUCCAAAGGCAGAAGAGCGCGCCAGGGUGAAUGGAGUUACGUAGCAUCGUGUCAUCAGCCUUUUGGAUCGUUGAAGGCCACUAAUCACAUCAUAUCAUGUUUUUUCCUCCAACUUGGAAAAGCUGUUACGGCUAAGCAUGGCAGAGAAGAUGAUUGCAUGGCGCGCUUGUACAGCCUCGUGCCGGUGAAAGAGUUGCAUGCAAAGUCUUUGAUGAAUUUGGUCUAGAUUUUCAGUCUCUUUUGAAUCUUCAAGUUUUGGAUGCUGGAA